AGCCGUCCUUUCGCAUAUCGUGCAAGACACACACACAUCCGCUGCACACGUCAUGCAGAGCGCUGCCCUCGCGUCGACCGACAGUUCUCACCAAGGUACACCAGCCAGGCGUUGCAUCAGAUUCUGUUCCAUCUUCGUAAUUAUCCAUUCCUUUGCUCUGUGCCUGCCAAAUCAGUAGAGGCGUCCGCCUCUCUGGUAGGCAGCGGCACUUGCUCGACUCGCACCACGACCGCCGCGGGACACGACGCGACGCUGAUCCAUCUGCAUCCAAUCCAGAGAGAGAGAGAGAGACAAUAGAGAGGUCACCUUCAGGAUGGCCGUACAUGGGCUGCGGCUUGCUGGCCAGGACGUACCCUUCUUGACGAUGGCUGUGCCUCCCGCGCCCUCACCGACAGGGGCUGCGGCCCCACCGCUCUCUUGCCCCUCGUAUGUGCCUCUCUGUCACGCCGUGGCUGCAUGGGCACAUACACACGUAAGCGCAGAGGUGUCGACCGCCCGGCGAUGGAUGGCUUUUGGUCACAGCAGCUCACCGAAGGGGCCUGCCCGUUGGUCUGCGUCGCUGACUGGUCCAGUGUCUCAAUCCCCCCUCCUCUUUGUUCCACCGUUUCCGCCUGUCAAGGAGAUUCACAGAACAGAGAGACAUUGAUAUCAGUGCCACUGCUUGUCGAUCUUCUCCUCUUACCUGCGUGAAACGGUUGUCGGCAUGAGGGUCACCUUCACCAAAGUGCAGCCCAUCAGAUUCUGCUGCAAACAAAGUAACGAGGGAGGGAGGGAGGGAGGCAUGAGGUUUCGGAUGCCCUUGUUGAUUGUGUAUAUCUGCUUACGGCUCCCGAUGUGCUGCUGCAGGUCCUCCCACUCCCCAUACACACCCUCAGCAACACGACUGUCGGCAACACGACCGUCAACCUGCUCCUGGCAACACGUGGCGACAGUGAUGAUGAAUCGACCAUGUGGCGUGGCAGCCCUUUCGCGGCUUCUGCUCACCCUCUUUCUGCUUGCAGCUUCCUGGAUGGCGGCGAGCCUCGCCUGGUGCUCCUCCGAUAUCUCAGUGAGUUGCUCCAGCGUCAGUGCAUCCAGGAUCUGCUCAUCCGUCAUGGUGUACGGCUCACGUGGCUGACGGGGACUCGGCUGCACAACUGAACACACACCACCAGAUUAUGUGUCGGUCAUUUCCCCUGGCUCUCGAGCCGACCCUGGUGACGGCGCGGCGAAGGGCCUGCCGCUGAUGUGCCAGGAACAAGCCUGGCAGAAGGAGGCUUCGCGCCUGCAUUAGAGGAAUGGGAAUCAGGCAGACCAUGUGGUGUCUCCUUUCUCCCCCACGCACACACACUUGUUUUGAGGUUGGUCCCUUGUCUGGGCACGGGCGGUUUGGUGUGGCGAGGAUAUCGAGGCCGGUCCAUUCGGGCCUUUUGGACCUCGCUGAGUUCUUGCGCCGUCUGCUCUUCGUACAUUUGGGAUUGCUGCCAUACACAGAGACAGAGAGAGAGGAUAUGGAAGGCCGGCUACUUAGUGUGCAGUGCAGGGUGAACUCACCCGAAGUCUCAACAUCCAUAUCUCUUCCAUCUUCUCAGCCUUCAUGACCCUCAGACGGGCGGCCCUGCAGGGAGGGAGGGAUACAUACGCACAGAGACAGGCAGACAGACAGACAGACAUGGAUGGAUGGAUGUGGCUCUCUCUCUGUGUGGGUGCGUGGGUGUGUUAUGGGGGGUUGGUCUGCUUACUCCACUUGGUGUUCGACUUCGUGACACUUGACAGCGUUGGAUGCCAUUCGCUCGGCCACCUCAGUAUCCUGAUGUGAGGCAACCGCCACAUGAGAGCGUCCACCUGUCUCUACAUCGUGUCUCGUCUCACCCUCUUGAGCAUGGUGAUCCGUUUGGUUUCCUUGGCUACUUCCUUUGCUUUUUCCACCCUGGCCACCCGCUGCACAUAGGUGCUGUAUCUUUUGUCUUGCAUCGUCCCCACACGACCAUGGUGCUCUUUCCGCAGCCGAUCGGCCUCAAGCGCCCGCAGCAGAUUGACACGGUGACGUGCCUCCUACACACACACACACACACACACACACAGAGAGAGAGAGAGAGAGAGAGAGGCGCAGGGGUUCGGCUGGCUGAUCAAUCUGUCUCUGUGUCUGUGUGUGUGCGUAUGUGCGUACCUCAAUGGCCUGCUGGUUCUCGUAUGUGCGUGCGGCGGCCCUCUGUCGCUUCUUGUCCUGCUCGAGGAACUGGCACUCCUUCCGCCACUGGUGUUGCACGACCUUCAGCCGAUUUCUCUCACGAGCAACCUCUAUCUGCCGGAGUUUUUCUCUGUUCUGGGCUAUCUCCUGCUGGAUCUUGGCGUCGACUUUCUGAAGGGGAGAGCAGGGCAGACACACCCACGUGUGUGCAGAUCUGCAGUGAGGGAAGGCCCACACGUUUUGUCCCUCACUCACUUUAAGGUGCUCGACUCUCGUUUGCAUAGCCUUCAAGGUCAUCUGGCAGUCUUUCUGUGGACGAACAGCCACCAAGCCAAACCAUCAGACAGAUGGAUAAAAGAUCUGUCAGUGCAGGUAGGUGCCGUCUCCCUCACCUUGAAGUAGUUCAUUUUGCUGACAUCCACUCGGCCGGCGUCGGUUAUCUUCUGCCCCUCCUCGGACGGCCUGCGCAUGGCAAUCCAGGCCUGGUACUCCGGCCAGCACGGAGGCAGCCACCACUCGUCGGGCGGGGGGUUAUCGCCGGGAUGCAGCUCCUCGGGAUGCUCCAUGAUAGCUUCCAUCUCGCCGCUUUGCAAAGAAGAAAUGCUCUUUUCCGCCGUUCUCC